AAUGUAAAUCCAACCGCGACAGAAUCGAAUAACCAAAACCGCACCGUUUGACACCCUACUGCAAAUGGAAAUAGCUUUCGGAUAGCGGCUCCUGCAUUAGGUCGCCCUCGGACUGUAAACCUUGCAGUUUAAGCUCCAAAUCUACAUUCAUUAUCUAUUUCAGUUGUGUUAGGGUUUAGUUAAUGGAAAAAUGGAGCUGCUGAGGUUCUUGAGGGCUUGCGGGUGGUCUUCUUCUUGAAUUCUCAGCAACAGCGACGAUGUCUACCCUAGAAAUCGAAGCUCGAGAUGUGAUUAAGAUCGUGCUUCAGUUUUGCAAAGAAAACUCUCUGCACCAGACUUUUCAGACACUGCAGAAUGAAUGCCAGGUUUCUUUGAAUACAGUUGACAGCCUAGAAACAUUUGUUGCUGACAUCAAUAGUGGAAGAUGGGAUGCAAUACUGCCUCAGGUGGCACAGCUUAAGCUUCCUAGGAAGAAACUUGAGGACUUGUAUGAGCAGAUUGUUUUGGAAAUGAUUGAGCUUCGGGAGUUGGAUACUGCUCGUGCAAUAUUGAGACAAACUCAGGCGAUGGGUGUAAUGAAACAGGAGCAGCCUGAAAGAUAUUUGAGACUUGAGCAUCUCUUAGUUCGUACAUAUUUUGAUCUACAUGAGGCUUAUCAAGAUUCAACCAAGGAGAAGCACUGUGCGCAAAUUGCUCAAGCAAAUACAGGUAAGUCCAUGUGGUAGAGGAAUCCAUACCGCUCUCACCGGUCAAGUCCCUGACUAAAACAGGAUGAAAUUUGACCAGUUGGAUGUGAGCCUCUUUUACAUGGACCCUCCCACAUGCAUCCUAUCUGUCAAUUGGCAAUAUAUCAUAACCUUGUGACAAAUCAAAUGUCACCAACAGGUUUUUACAUUUAUAUUUAGCUGUUUCUUACAGUAUCAAUUCCUAAUAUAGAUUCCCCCCCCCCUCUCUUGAAUUCUGGGUUUAAUAGCAAAUUUAUGUGAGUGCAUUUACUAUUCUUGUUUUAAAUUUGCAGCCAGGUUUUCUCUCCCCUUCAAUGGCCCAUCUUUUACUUUACUUUGUCGAGACCUUUUUGUUAGUGAUAAUACAUUAGCUUGAGCCUCGUGCACUGGGUACGCCCUAGUGAUCAUAAUGCAGUGAUGAGAUUUGUGUUCUCAUCUGUUUGUUUCCCCCUACAUUUUUUCUGUUCCCUUUUCCAUGAGUACCUGAUGAUUUCUUUAUUAGUAGGCAUUACUGUGUGUACUUCAUACUGGUGCAAAUGCAGUGUGGUUAGGCCAAAAGGUUCCACCACUAGAUCCCCAUAGCAAAUGUUGGCGGUAUAUUGGUAACUGUCUAUUCUGUUGUAAAUUUUAAUAGUCACAAAAUGUUUGAUAAAUAGUCCAGGGAAAUAUAUUUAAUUGGAUUUUUGCAAUGACCUCAGCUGGUCUACUUACGGCCUACCACUAUCCUUGGGAAUUCUAAUGAUAGACUCCACUGUUGGAGCAUGUAUUAUGUUACUGGAAACAGGGGUCAUUUAGGGGAUGUCUCUCAUAAUUUUAGAAAUAUUUAUCUUUUACCACUGACCUUAAGGCUGGUGCAUUGUUUCAGAGACAGUUCAAAUAAUUAAGCAUUAAUCUUAAUGGUUAUGUUGUAUGUUGAUCAUGUAUGCAUUUUUAUGUAUAGUUUUGUAAAUGAAUUGUGGUUCUUUGCAUUUUCCAGCUUUUGCAGCUGAAGUUACUGUUGUGCCACCUUCGCGAUUAAUGGCUCUUAAUAGUCAGGCUCUGAAGUGGCAGCAGCACCAAGGUUACUGCUUUUUACGUGGACCAGGAUAUCUCUGGUAGAUACUUUGGAAAGAAAAGUCAUCCAGAAUGUGCUCGUUUCUCUCCUGAUGGGCAAUGUCUUGUUUCUUGCUCAGUUGAUGGAUUUAUUGAGGUUUGGGACCCUAUUAGUGGGAAGCUCAAGAAGGAUCUUCAAUACCUG